AUCCACUAGGAACCUGCUAAGAAGGCAGGUGAAGACUCUGCAUCAUAGAUAAACGCACAUGACGUUUUGAUAUUUGCAUCUCUUGUCUAAUUUUUCUUUCACACUUAAAAAAGAGUGGAAACGUUUUGAUCUCAUAUUUCCGUGCACUGUAAAAUUGUUGUCUAGUUUUUCUCUGUUGAACCUGAGAAGCUCGUGUUGAAGUAAAGAAUCUUUGUAUUUGUCUCGGUUGCAAGAAGUUGGAUUGGGUUUGUGGUUUUAUUUCCAGGCUAGUCAAUAUAAGCAGUAUAUAAAUUGGAGUGAAUUCUAAGUGUGUUCUCUGUUUGAGGAGUACUCUUUGUUUUCAGGAGAAGCCAAGUGCAACAAAUGGAAAGCUAUGAGAAAGCGUUUGCAAAACAUGAAGGAGAAGCCAAGUGCAACAAAUGGAAAGCUACUCUUACCGAAGUAGCCAAUUUAGCUGGGUGGGACUCUAGAAAUAGGACUGAAUCUGAACUUCUUAAGGACAUUGUUGGAGAUGUAUUAAGAAAAUUGACUCCUAGAUAUCCAAACCAACUUAAAGGACUGGUUGGAAUUGAGGACAAUUAUGAAAAAGUAGAAUCAUUACUAAAGAUUGGGUCAAGUGAAGUUAUAACCCUUGGAAUAUGGGGCAUGGGUGGCAUAGGAAAGACUACUCUUGCUAGUGCUUUCUAUGCCAAACUGUCUCAUGAGUUUGAGGCUGAUUGCUUCCUUGUAAAUGUAAGGGAAAAUGCAAAAAGGCAUGGAUUAGAAGCUCUAAGUCAGAAACUUUUUUCUGAGUUGUUAGAGAAUGAAAAUCAUUGUUUUGAUGCACCCUUUUUAGUGUCCCAAUUUGUCAUGCGUAGGCUUGGAUGUAAAAAAGUUCUCAUUGUUUUGGAUGAUGUUGCUACCUCAGAGCAGUUAGAAUAUCUAAUUAAAGAUUAUGAUUUGUUAGGACAAGGAAGUAGAGUCAUUGUUACAACUAGAAAUAAGCAAAUAUUUAGACAAGUUGAUGAAGUAUAUGAGGUCAAGGAAUUGAGUUUUCAUAACUCUCUUCAGCUUUUCUGUUUGACUGUUUUUGAAGAAAAACAACCUACACAUGGAUAUGAAGAUCUAUCAAGUCGUGCAAUUUCAUAUUGCAAAGGGAUUCCUUUGGCUUUAAAAGUUUUGGGUGCAGGUUUUCGUCGGAGAAGUAAAGAAACAUGGGAAAGUGAAUUGAGAAAACUCCAAAAGAUCCCAAAUACGGAAGUUCAUGAUGUAUUAAAAUUAAGUUAUGAUGCCUUAGAUGAUUCUCAACAGGACAUCUUUUUGGACAUUGCAUGCUUCUUCAAUGGAGAAGACAAAGAAUGGGUAACAAGUCUUAUGGAAGCUUGUGAAUUCUUUGCAGUAUCAGAUAUAGAAGUCCUUUUGGAUAAAGCUUUCAUAACAAUAUCCAAUUUCAAUAAGAUAGAAAUGCAUGGCUUGAUACAACAAAUGGGUAGAGAAAUUGUUCGUCAUCAAUCCAUCAAAAGCCCUGGAAAACGAAGUCGGUUAUGGAAACCUGAGGAAGUUCAAGAAGUAUUGAAAUAUAAAAGAGGAACCGAUGUUGUUGAAGGCAUAAGUUUAGAUUUGUGUAAAUUAACCGGGGAUCUAAAUUUGAGCUCUAAUUCCUUCGCAGAGAUGAUUAACUUGAGAUUUCUUAUAAUUCAUGAUUCGUGCCGGACAAAUCGAUUUCAUGUGUACUUUCCAAAUGGUCUCGAAUCAUUAUCUUCUAAAUUGAGGUACCUUCGUUGGGAUGAAUUCCAUGUUGAGUCUUUGCCAUCUAGCUUUUGUGCUGAACAACUUGUAGAGCUUCGCAUGCUUCGUAGCAAGGUUAAAAAGCUUUGGGAUGGGGUUCAGAAUCUUUUGAAUUUGAAGACAAUUGACCUUGAUGACUCCCGAGACUUGAUUGAGAUCCCGGACUUAUCAAUGGCAGAAAAUCUUGAAAAAGUGUCUCUUUUUGGUUGUGAAAGCUUGCAUCAGCUCCAUCCAUCCAUCUUAUCUCUCCCCAAGCUUAGAUAUUUGAUUUUAAGUGGCUGCAAAGAAAUUGAAAGCCUUAAUGUUCAUUCAAAAUCUCUCAAUGUACUGAGACUCAGAGGUUGUUCAUCUCUCAAGGAAUUUUCAGUGACAUCAGAGGAAAUGACACAUUUGGACUUAUCUCAGACUGCUAUACGUGCAUUAUUGUCGUCAAUGUUAUUUCUCCUGAAGCUUACAUAUUUGUAUUUAAGUGGCUGUAGAGAGAUUGAAAGCCUUAGUGUUCAUAUAAAAUCUCUCCGUGUACUGACACUCAUCGGUUGUUCAUCUCUCAAGGAAUUAUCGGUGACAUCAGAGAAAUUGACAGUAUUGGAGUUACCUGACACUGCUAUAUUUGCAUUGCCAACAUCAAUUGGUCACUUAUUAUCUUUAAAAGAGUUAGACCUAUGUGGAACUAAUAUUGAGCUUUUGCCUGCAAGCAUCAAAAUCCUUUCAAUGCUGAAAGUGCUUUGGUUAAAUGAUUGUAGGAAAUUGGUGUCUCUGCAGGAGCUUCCACCAUCCCUGAGCGAGCUUUAUUUAAAUGAUUGUUGUAAACUCGUGUCUCUGCCGGAGCUUCCACCAUCGGUUAAAGAGGUGAGUGCCUUUAACUGUAUUUCUCUGGAGACAGACAUCACACAAGAUCUAGUGUUACAACACAUGUUACAAAGCCGCAUACCCUACAUACAUCAACAAUAUCUUUACAAUCCUGCGUAUUUUGAUGAUGGGUAUUUCAUCUUCCCGCUAGGAGACCAUGUCACCGACUUGUGUAGGUUUCGUACAGCAGAGAGUUCGAUAACUAUUCCGUCUCUUCCUAAGUCUCAAUUGCGGGGUUAUGUUUCUGUCAUCAUUCUUUCUAAGGGUCCAGUGUCAGAUCAUCAGUUUUCUUGUUCUAUCCAUCGAGAUGACAUAUUGAUAGGUUGUGACCGUCGCAGGUUUAUAGGCUGCGAAAAUUUAAUUUCAGAUCAUGUGUUAUUUUGGUAUCAUAAUGCCAGCAAAUUUUGUGGAACAGGUGAAGUGUAUGAUCCUUUCAGUAACAUGACAUUUAUAUUUGCUGACAUUAAUGGUAAUAAAGACACCAUAAAAGGAUGUGGGGUCUUUCCAGUAUAUGGGACAGAAUCCGGGUUUAAGCUGGUGAGUAGUAGCAGCAACGAAAUUUUUGACAAUGAGUCAGAACCAAGAGCAAAAGAAGUUGGAGUUGAAAGCUGCAAUAAUGAAAAUGAAGAAAACUGUGAACAACUUUUCAGAACCAAGAGGAGGAGAACUGCAUGUGAUAAUCUUCCUGCCAUUACUUCAUCGAAAAUCAUGCAUAACAUUGUGCUGUAAUUACAUGUUGAGCAAGUUUUCUUUUGAAAAACUCAUGAGAAUAUUGAUGGGAAAUGAGCACUACUUUGCUGGGAGAGUCAAAGCAGCACUCGUAAGUCAUAUCUAAUUGUUUGGUCACUUCAUUCAAAAAUAAAAAGGGUCCAUAUUGUGGUAUCUACUCCACAGUAUGGAGAUAGAUAAGUUAUGACAAGUUGUUAUUGGUAAUGUAUUGUUAAUUCCAUAGUUAGAUGUUAAAGUUCAGUCACGUAUGUAGCUUGGGACUUCUACUAUUUUAGCUAUCCAAUUGUUGGAAUUAAUUUUGAGUUUUGUGUUAUUUCAUGGUA